UCGAACUCCUCCGACUAUUGGUUCCUGCAGUCACAUUUCACGACAUAAAUAGCAUGCGUCCCAUGUUUCCCAAGGAGCAAGCCAUUUCCAUUGUCUUGUUUGCUUAAGAAAGCCUUGACACACUACAAGCUUAUAUGCAGCCAGUUGCAUCUGCAAGACCUGUGUAUGUAUACGGAUUGCACAUGGUUUUAGGUUGUAGUGUAAGCAUAAAGGUGUGAGAUUCAUACUCACAGCUACCUGCCAUGGUUGCAUUCAAGCUGAGGCUGAGACAUUUGUGUUUCACAGUUGUGCUUUCAUCCAUUGCUAUCUCUUGUUGCAGAGGACAAGGAGGAGGAGGUGGUGCUGGUGCUGGUGCUGGUGCCGGCGCUGGUGGUGCUGGGGCAGGGGGAGCAGCAGGAGGUGCAGUGGUGCCCGGAUCACAGGAUGCGAUCCAGAUUUUGGCACAGGCUGCUCUCUGCUUUGACAAUAGACCGGUGAUGAACGGGUGCCUCCAAGCAAUGGGCAUCAACGUCAAUGGCAACGGCGGCGGAAACAGUAACAGCAACGGCAACGGUGGCAGUGGUAAUGGCAGCGGCGGCAACGGCAGCGGUGUCAGUGGCAAUGGCGGCGGCGGCGGCGGCGGCGGCGGCAACGGCAACGGUGGCAGUGGCAAUGGCGGCGGCGGCGGCGGCAAUGGCAACAGCAAUGGCAGUGGUGGAAACAGUAACGGCAACGGUGGCAGUGGCAAUGGCAGUGGUGGCAACAGCAACGGCAACGGCGGCAAUGGCAACAUGGCGAGCAUGUGCCAGGGGCCGUGCUUCGGGCAGAUGAUGCUGAUGAUGAACUGUGUGAACGGCAUCCUGGGCAACAUCCAGGGCUACAGCCCCGGCCUCAUGCAGGGCGUCCAGGCCGUCUUCCAGAUGUCCUGCGGCAAUGUCGGCAACGGCCAGCAGGGCGGCGGCGGGGGUGCCGGCGGUGCGGGUGGAGCCGGUGGUGGUGGAGUUGGUGGUGGAGGUGCCGGAGGUGCUGGUGGAGCCAGUGGUGGAGGCGCUGGCGGUGCUGGUGGAGCUGGUGGCGGAGGUGCUGGUGGUGUCAGUGGCGGCGGAGGUGCUGGCGGUGCCGGCAGUACGGCCAGCAGUGCUGUUGCUCCUGGUGGUACUACGAAUCGUAACGGAGGCUCACACGUGGCGGUAAGCAAUCUAGGUGAGACAACCAGCAGCGCGGGCGGGCCCACGGCCAGCCUCACCAUCGGGUUUCCUUCGGCGCUAGUGACUUGGACAUGUAUCUGGCUACUGCGGCUAUUCUAGCUUUGAUGGAAUUGAUUAGUGAUGAGAACGGUGCAAGAAGAUGUAAUUCGUUUCUUUACCUCUAGGCAGCGUAGUAGAAAUUUCGAUUCUACCGCCCGUGGAGAUUUUAUAUUUAAAGCCAGCAUGUGACUUUCCCGUUUGGAUUGACAAUGUGUAAUGUUUCUUCAACUUUCAAAUACACGAAAUGACAAAAAAGACUUUAUUUAGAUA